AUGGCGUACAAGACAAAGGAACUGAUCGAAUACUACUACACCGCGCUCCUUAAGUCGGUGUAUUUGUACAAGGUGUGGGGGAAAAAGCGGACCAAGCAACUGUUAGCAGCACACGGUGACUACCGCGCCGCGUUUGAGACCGCGCGGAACACCAACGAAACACUUCAGGCCCACGGCUUCAUUGAUGUCAAAAUCACCAACUUGCAUGAGUGGGCGCGCUGA